AUGAAGUCAUCACAGGGAAAGGGCUGUACCAUGUACUUCAUAGCUGAGAACCUUGCAGAGAAACAUGAGUUUGAGGCAGCCUUCAGAUGUUCUCUUAAAAUAAUAGAUUACAGUUCUUUCAUGACGAAGAUUGGAAAGAACAAUAGUACGGGAUCGAUUAUGAUGGAGUUAUCAGCAGAGGGACGUGUGUCCGUGAUGAUGACAACUCACAACAAACAGCUAGAGUUCUUUGCUAAUCUAGCUAGGAGAGGCAUACUCCGGAAAGUAGAACAACUAUAUAUUAAUCUUGACGUCACAAGUGAGAAUACAACAUCACAGGAAUACAUGAUAUAUCUACAACAGCUGAAGGAUAUACAUUCAUGUGGCUUGAAGAUUUACCAUUUUAAAAGGAUCAGGCAGCUUACCUACGUGUCCAACAGGUGGAUAACUGGUCGAUAUGUGUUGUAUUUUAUUCGGGAAACGAUGGACGCGUUACCAGCCCGACUGCUGCCACCAACCACAAUUCUGACAAAUGUCACUGCUGUUGAGGGCGCAGCAUUGUAUCACGAUUAUAUGCUGCAAUCCCAGUUUCUUUGUCAUGAUUUGGUCCGUGUAGGUCAGAUCGGUAACGGCGGCUGGGAGAUUUGUAACGACACCGACGUACGGCCAGCAAAAGAGUGCUUUGUCUACUCCUUCGGGAUGAAUGGCAAUUGGGCGUUUGAAAUAGACAUGAUCAAGAAAUUUGGGUGUACGGUUCACUCCUUCGACCAAGACAAGGAUCUUCCAUCAUACGCAAAUACAAGUCUUAUAAGACGUCAUUUAAUUGGGCUGUGGCAUGAAGAAACUUUUCUCUAUAAAAAUGGCGGGGAAAAGUUCCGGAUGGAAACAGUGAAGUUAAUUCGCGCCAGGAUGGGCCAUGACAAGGUCCUAAUUGACAUAAUAAAAAUCGACAUUGGAGCGGCAGAAUGGCACAUCCUUCCAAACCUAAUUGAGACAGGGUCUCUAAUGGCAGUCCGGCAGCUUCUUAUUGAGGUCCACGUGGCGUUACAGGGGGCCGACAUCCACUUCCGAGAAAAGCUAGUGAUCCUUCGGCAGUUGUAUGACAUGGGAUUCCGUUUGUUCUGGACUCACCCUAGCGAUGAACCUAGCAAAACGUUCAGAUGCUCAGUCAACAAGAAACAUACCACGUGUUGCUACGAGUUACACUUUGUAAAUAAAAACCAUAUUCGAUAG